AUGGAAGAUCGUAGAAUAAUAGUCCCCUAUAUCGCCAUUGUCUUCCUUGUCCUCAUCCUCAUGCCGACGCGAAUGGUUAGAGCUAGCAAAUAUCCACACCUGACCAUGACCCCAAGACACAAAGCAGUUAGACUACGGAAGUUCUUCAAGAACCACGCGUCGGACAUGGCCGAUCUCCUCCCUAGUCGAGGCAAGCAGGGCUGUGGUGGCGGCGGCUAUGACGAUCAAAGCGAGCCUAGCAGUGGCCAGCAAGGCAGCAAGCCGGCCGGCGACGGGAGCAACGUAGUGUCUGGCGGUGUGGUCUUGAGCAUCGCCGUCCCCGUCACGUACCUCGAGGAGAGUGCCUACAAGCUUCUGAGAGAGGCGCUAGUGAGUCGGAUACGGCUGCCCACGGUGAACGGCUCGGCGCUUGGCCUCAACGUCUGCUAUGAGAGCCAGUCGCUGGCCACGGUGAAGAUCCCGGGCAUGGCGCUCAUCUUCGACGGCAACACAGUCAUGGAACUGGAGGUGGGCAACUACUUCUACAUGGACGCCAGCAUAGAGUGCCUGACGAUAAUGCCGUCGCCGGACGGGCACGUGUCGCUCCUCGGUAGCCUCAUCCAGGCCGGCACGCACUUGAUCUACGACAUCCAUGGUUUGACGCUGGCGUUUGAAUCACUCCAGCAAGCGUCGUCAUCGUCGCCGCCGCCACCGCCGUCAAAUAAUUCCUAUCAAGGGACGCCAGGGCAUCGGCUGUCAUCAGCUCCACCGCCACUCAUCUCGUUGCCAAUGCUCUUUGCCCAUUUCUUGUGGGUCGCGGUGUACAAGGUUUUAUGA